AUGAACACCAGCAAUAACAAUAUGGUAAUGAAUGACGCAAAUCAAGCGCAGAUAACGGCCACGUUUACCAAGAAGAUAUUAGCGCAUCUGGAUGAUCCGGACCCCAACAAGAUGGCCCAAUUCGUACAGCUUUUCAACCCGAACAAUUGCAGAAUAAUAUUCAAUGCCACUCCCUUUGCGCAAGCGACCGUUUUCUUACAAAUGUGGCAAAACCAGGUCGUACAAACGCAACAUGCGCUAACCGGCAUAGACUAUCAUGCUAUCCCAGGAUCCGGCACAUUGAUAUGUAGCGUGAACUGCAAGGUCAGAUUCGAUGAAAGCGGCAGGGACAAGAUGGGACAAGACGCAACAAUCCCCAUUCAACCCGGCAGCAGCGGGAAUAAGAAUGGGCUUAAUGAUAUGAACAAGCCAAGACCCUUUUGGGGUCCAUAUUUCGGUCUUUCCCUGCAAUUGAUCAUCGACGACCGUAUAUUCAGAAAUGACUUUAAUGGUGUGAUAUCGGGGUUUAAUUAUAACAUGGUUUACAAACCCGAUGAUUCUCUACUAAAUAUUCAAUGA